GAAAGCUUUUGACUUUGCCACCGCCUGGCUGCCCUUUAUGUUCUUUCUUCCAUGUUUUCUUUUCCCCAGUGAUUGAGUUAGCACAGACUCUACAAAACUCUAUACAUCAAUCAAACUUUUAAGGGAAUUUUCUGGUUAAUUGAUCAGUAUUCACACCAUAACAAUAACACCAUGGAAAGUAUUGCUAAAGAUGACAAAGGAAAUGAACUUGAGCCAGAAAAGCAUUCAAGAGAAAGCUCCUCAAAUGGGUGCACGAUUGUAUAUGUACUAGGUGGACCAGGGAGUGGAAAGAGCACCCAAUGCUCCAAAAUUGUUAGACACUUCGGGUUUUGCCACCUGAGUGUAGGUGAUCUUCUUCAAGCAGAAGUUGAUUCUGGAUCUGAUAAUGGAAAAAUGAUUCAGGACUUGAAGAAGGAAGGAAAACUCGUCCCCUCUGAUAUCGUGGUUAAGGUUCUGGAGAAGGCAAUGCAGGGAAGCAAAAACAACAAGUUUCUGAUUGAUGGCUUUCCUCGGAGUCAAGAAAAUCUUGAUGCAGCUCAACAAAUUUUGAAAAUCGAUCCAGUAUUUGUAUUGUUUUUUGAUUGUUCUGAAGAAGAGAUGAUAAAACGCCUUUUGAAUAGAAACCAAGGACGGGUCGAUGAUAACAUUGAAUCCAUAAAGAAGAGACUUAAAGUUUAUUUUGAAUCAACACUACCCAUAAUAAACUAUUACAGCUCAAAGGGAAAGAUUCGGAAGAUCAAUGCUGAGAGGCCUAUUGAAGAGGUAUUUGGUGCAGUGAAGGAUGUGUUUUCUAAGCUAAAGGAAGCAAGUAUGGAGAGUAAAUCAUCCACUAAUUAAUGGAGAGUAGUCAUUUACUUAAUUGAGCUACCUUAUCUUGUAAGACUCAAUUGAUCUAAAUAGCAAUAGAUUGUGAUUCCCUAUCUUUGUUAAUCUUAAUUAUGUCUGGAACUAGAUGA